UCUUAGUGAAGUGGAAAGGAUGGGAGCGUAAUUCUGUAAAUUCAUGGGAGGAGGCAUGGCCAACAUGAUGCAAUUCUAUGACCCCGGGCAUAAUAAUGAGAGGUGUCUGCCCUCAACCCACCAAGGAUCUGCUGAAUCUCUACUUAUGGCUUCUCCCAGGAGAGAAUAAAACUAGGUGAGGAUCUUAAUGCAUUUACACCAGCAGUAAUGAGCGUUCUUUUGAUGAAAUUUUCCUUUUGAAUGAUUUCAAAUACUUAGCGGAGUCUGAAUUUGAAGCCAAGAAUGGACUUUCCAGAGUUUAACUGUGAACUUGACCAUGUACAGUCAAGUUUAUAUAAUGUAAAUAUGUAUAAUACUGCAAUAACACAGAGCAAUAGAGCAAGCACAUUGCUAGAGACAUCGUACAGUCAAAGUGGGAAAUCACAACAUGAUGCUACAGUAUUUACUGAUCUCAGGCCAUACACAGCUCAUUAUAGUGACAUUACAUGUCCAGAUGCUAACUAUAUACCACCAUGUAUGGGACUUCCUAAAUGCUGUGAUGAAAGUUGUCAGGCCUCAUACAGAUCUUCUGCUGCAGAAUAUGAUCUCAGGCCAUACACAGCUCAUUAUAGUGACAUUAUUACAUGUCCAGAUGUUAACUAUAUACAAUCACAUAUGGGACUUCCUAAACUUCCUAAUUAUAGUGAUGAAAGUUGUCAGGCCUCAUACAGAUCUGCAGAAUAUCCACAACUGAGGACAGCUGGUGCAAGCAUUACAGAUGGCGGUUAUGAAAGACACUAUUUUCAGAAUGAGAAUAGCUCUAGACCCAUGCCUGCUCUUAUGGAAGAUUUGCCAUGUGUUCAGCAAAGUGAUUGUAGCUCAAUGGUAAUAUGUCAGAAUGGAAACAAUAGAAUCCUGUACAUGAAUAAUCCUGACACUGGAGAAAUAAAAACCUAUCAUCUGUUGUCUCACCCUGAAGAACAGUUUCGUUAUAACUUUUUAAAUUCUGAUAGAAGUGAAAAUAUAACACGGUAUCCAGGUUGCGAGCAGACCUUCCAAUAUCCCGUGUUCCAGUAUUCUACUGAUACACCAAAUCCAUCACCAAUGCUGAGAAGUAUGUUACCUGUUGCACCUACGCCACAUAUCUCAAUAAACAACAUGGCUAACAGAUCAGUAUAUGCUUUAACUGAUGAUGAAAUAUACCAUCCACAAUCUAAUAUGCAAGGGACAGCAAAUGUAACCAUUACAGACAUUCCAGUUUCCAUGUUGGAUAAUAAUAAGUCUACAAGGCCAUGUAGCUGCACCAAGUCACAAUGCUUAAAACUUUACUGUGAUUGCUUUGCAAAUGGUGAAUUCUGCAGCAACUGCAACUGUAACAAUUGCUAUAACAAUAUAUACCAUCAGCAUGAACGCAUUCAAGCUAUAAAGGCUUGUCUAGACAGAAAUCCAGAAGCCUUCCAGCCUAAGAUUGGUAAGGUAAAAAUUGGUGAUGUUAAACUUCGUCAUACAAAAGGAUGCAACUGCAAACGCUCUGGUUGUCUUAAAAAUUAUUGUGAAUGUUAUGAGGGUAAAAUAAUGUGCUCUUCUAUAUGUAAAUGCAUGGACUGUAAAAACUGUGAAGAAGGUCCAGAGCGUAAAUCUGUUAGGAAUAUGCAGCAAGACAGAGAUGCAGGAAGUAUUGUCCGAAUUUGUACUUCCAUGGAAGUAGUGAGAGCGACAUGUGCUUGUCUUCUAGCUCAAGCAGAAGAAGCAGAAAAACAGGGAUAUUCUGUUUGCCUGGCACAGCAAAAAGUAAUUGAAGAAUUUGGAAAAUGUUUAACACAAAUACUACACACAGUGGUCCCAGGAGAAACUUGCUCAUGAGAGUUAUUUAAGGUCUACCAGUUAUUCAGUCACUCUGUUAUUACUUUUGUUUUUCUCUACUGUUGCAAUGUAUACGUUAUACCAGUGGGGUGUUUAUGUAAAUGUUGUGGAUUUAUUAUACAUUGAUGUUUUUUUGUUGACUACAUGAAUAGGAAUGGUGUGAUUAAUGUGGAAUUCUUGCAAGGAUAGCAUUGGGAAGAAAUUAGAUUUUCCAACAACAAAAGUCAUGCACAGGUGGUGGGAUAUUGAGAAAUAUAUUUUAGCCUAGGUUUGAGUUUUGUUAUAUUACAGUUUUACAUGUUAAAUUAUUGUAAUGCUUUAUAUAAGUACAGUAUAUUACAGUAAAUACAGUAUAUUGGUAAA